AUGAAACAUCUAUUUAUUUUUGCGAUUUUUUCAGCUGUUGCAAUUUCAGGUUUGAGUUUUUAUUAAAUUAUUAUAGGGUGGGUAAGGGAUUGAAUUAGUUCAAUUUAAAUUGAAAAGGUCCUUUGAGAGUUCACAAAAAAUUCUGAAAUUCAGAAAAAAUAUCCAAAUUUUUGGUUAAUCAUUCUAAAAUUUUGGAACUUUUUUUCCAAAGUCUUCCGAUAAAAAAUUAAAUAAUUAAUUUUCUUCAGAAAGCAACGCUGCAACGACUGAACAACUUCGACAAUGGAUUUUGAAUAAUCGAGAAAGUUUGAGUGGACAAAGCGAUUUGGCUGGAAGUAUUUUGAGGCUUUUCGGCUGGGGAACCGAUCGACAAUCCGAAGUGCAAAAACUAUUAACCACCGAUCCAGUUACAACAACUACAACCACAACAACACCUCAACCAACUCCGAAAUCAGCAAACAGAGAUGGUUAGUUUUUAUUUUGAAAUUUGAAAUUUUCGAUUUUUUUCCUAGAAUAGAUUUGAUUUCCAAUAAUUCUAGAACUUUGAACUUUUCAAAAAAUUGUUUUUAAGGAUUUUCCUAACAUAAUAAUUUGUUUGCUUUUAAUUUGAAAUUUGAUAAUAUUAAAUAACUGCAAAAUUAUCCUAACUUCAAUCUUCAAUAAUUCUGAACGCUCUUCUUUUUUCAUAAUUAAAUUCCAGAAAAACGUUUUCAGUUUUUUAGAUUUACUGUAAUUAUCUUAUUAAUUUUUAGGCUCAACUUUACUUAUUUUCAAAAAAUUAUGAUUUUUUUUUAUUAUUUCUCAUUUUCUCUGUUCGUUUUUCUUCUCCUGUAUGCAUAUCGUGUUGAAAGUGUCAGAUUUCAUAUGCGCGCACACAAAUAACGAACAAUCAAAAACUGUUAAUAUCGAGUUACCUUUUCCUUCCGUUCUUCUCCUUCUUCUUUUUUUCGUGACUGACAGAUUUGCGAAAGUUGAUCUGAUUGAUUUUUCUUCAUUUCACUUCUCUCUUUUUCACUAACCCGCACUUUUUCAGUUUGUCCAUUUGCGGCUGAUCCAUUGAUUUUGGCCAAUGAUUUUGCAUAUUGUCGGCCAGCUUCUUUGGGCGAUUGCCCGGUUGGAUAUUUGUGUGAUCAGAGUUUCAAAUUGGGUAGAUCGAUUUGUUGUAAAGAUACGAGACAAGGAUUAGUUCCAAAUGGCAGACCAGGUGGGUUAAAAUUAUUGUGUUCACUUCUAAUCUAACUGGAUGAAUCUAAUUUUUUGAGUGAAAAAUCAUUUUACGUUUCUAAAUCAACCCAGUUGAAAAAUUAUUAAGAUUUUCCGAAGGUUUUGAAGUAGAUCAAACCUUCAGGAACAAAAUUCUAACCGAAAAACUGUUGGUUUCGAUAUUUUUCAGGAAUUAGUACUUUCUCACAACAAUUAUAUAUUCUAGCUCGGCCAUCUUCCCGCCUUCCACUCAGCUGGUCAACAGUCACUCCAACAUCAGCACCAUCUCAACCAAUCGUCACUGCCACAUCACGAAAAGCUCCAUGGUAUAUCAAAGAUCGCACAUCGUGGCCAACAGUUUAUAAUCGUGUCGCUGCUGAAAAAGCACUUCAGAAGACCAGUUCCACUUCAACAACUACAACCACCACAACAACCACUGAAGAACCAACCACAUCAACUCAACCAUCGACCACCACGACAGAAGCUACAACGACUACAGAAGAACCAACAACGACCACAACGACUACUGAAGUUCCAACAACGACCACUGAAGAACCAACGACAACUACUGAAACACCAACAACCACAACUAAAGUGAAUGCUUGGGCUAGAUUAUGGACUUCGACUGCUUCACCAAAAAAUACAGUUAAUGUAACUGUUCUACAAGCUGGAUCUGUUCGACCAUUAAGAGUUAGUUUUUUGUUAGAGGGAAGGCAGGGGGCUUUCAAAAUUCAAAAAAUGUACCUCGUUGAACUUUUUUUGAUCCAGAAUUUUUUGAAAAAAAUGCAAAUUGCUUCUAGGCGCAAUUACUUGGGAACUAAACUCUAGGCGCUGAUUUUUUAUAGUUGAAAAUUCUAGGCUGGGCUUCUUGUCAGGGUGGAUCUCUAGAUGUGGUUCCUGGACAAUCAUGUUCCUAAGGCGCGGCUACUUGAGAACUAGGCACCAAUCCUUAACAAUUUAAAUUUUUAGGUGCUGAUCCUUUACAGCUAGGGUUUCUAGGCUUGGCUACUUGUCAGAGUUCAUUUCUCGUUACGGGUCCUAGACAAUUAUUUUUUGCACUUGCACUUGCUUGAGAGCGAAGAUUUCUAGGCUCCACUACUUGGCAAGAACCUCUAAAAAACCGGCUCUGAUGAUCUUAAAAGUUUAUGUAACAAUUUUUAAUUUUGGGAACCACGACCUCAAAUUAAAACUCAUUAAUUAUUCCCGAUUUCCAGGAUGGACAAGCUGAAACAGUUGGAGCAAUCACACUUGUCAAUGAUAAUGGAUAUAUUCUUUUGGUUGAUACUGGAUCAUCUAGCGAUACUGAACGUCUUCUUCACAGUAAGUAUUUCAUUUUUCAAAGUGGCUACUUACUACAUAGUUUUGCAACAUCAUUUCUGUUUUUUCUUGCAAAAACACAUUUCCUUUUUUUUUCUUCCAUUUUAUUCGAGUAAUUCAAUUCCGCCCAUUCACCCAUCCGUGCCCCCAUCCUUUUUUUUUCUUCUACUUCUUCUACUUCUUCUUCAUUUUACCCUCUCACAUCAACUCAUCCGUCGGUUCGCUUCUUUUUUCUUAUUUUCCUUUUUUUUUUUGUCAUAGGUUACGAGAACUCUUCGCCUCGUUUUUGUCACACUAAUUCUUCAUGACACUUUAUAUGUCCCUUGGGGGUGUUUUCAGCGAGAAAAAGAAGCAGAAGAAUUUAUGAAGCUUGAGCCGAAAGAGUUGGAGAUGGAUCCUCUUAUUAUUUGUACGCCUGUUCGAACGAGAACAGUUGGAAUUUGUAUUUCACUUUUUGAUUUUCUAUUUUUGACACUAACAUUUCUGAAAUCAGUGCAAUUUUUGCAACACAAUGGAUUUAAUUUCAUUGCAACAGCUGCUGUUUCUUCAAUCGGAGUUUUAUAUUCUGUACAUGUUUUAUGUAUCCUCGCUUCCUGGUAUGGAUUAAUUCGACAAAAAUCAUCAUGGCUUGUCCCGAAAAUUGUUCUAAAAGCCACAACUGUUGUCAUUUGCAUGGUUCUCACUUUAAUUCUCGCAUUUUUUGUCUCCUCAAAUUCACCGAAAAUUGGAAACUUUAUUGCCGAAGGCUUCAAUGCUGAAUAUUAUGAUCAUCGCGCGGUUAUUGAUAUGGCGUGUUUGGUUAUUGUUGGAAUAUCAGCAAUUCUUUCGAUGGCACAAGCAUGGCUUCUUGUUUUACUAAUCAAUAUUUAUCGACAAAUUCGAGCUCAAGAGCUUGAAAGAUUGUGUGAAAAAGCGUUGAAGAAAAUUCAACCAAAACAACAAAUACCAUUCAGCACUUUGAUGUGAUAUGGUAGACAAGAUUUCUAAUAUUGUUUGCUGAAUUAUUUAUAUCCAUCUUCCAGCUUUGGCCAAAGAAUCAGUAACUUUGGAUCAAGUCGACAGUGUUGUUAUCACUCAUGCUUCACCGGGUCAUAUGGGUAAUAUGAAUUUCUUUGCACAAAAACCGAUUUUGUAUCAUUCAUUGGAAUAUAUUGGUAGACAUGUUACUCCAACUGAAUUGAAAGAAGUGAGUUCUCCAGGGAAUAUUUUUGUUUUUCGGUGUUUUCAGGGAAAACAUUCAAUUAAAGGUUCGGGUCUCUAACACUUUUGAAAAAAUUGUGGAAGAAAAAUUGAUAACUUUUUAAAAUUUCAAAUUUCGCGCUAAAUUCUACAAAAAUUUCGGACGGUGCCCAAUGUUUCAAUUUUCUACAAUUCAUUUUUCCAAAAAAGGUUUCAAUUUCUCACGGAGUUCACAUUUCAAUUAAUUAAAUAUUCCACAUUUUUUGACAUUUUCAAGUGACACGUGUCAUUUUCAGAGACCAUACCGCAAACUCUCAUCAAAUAUCGAAGUUUGGAAAACUCCAGGACACACACAACACGAUCUAUCAGUUCUUGUUCAUAAUGUAGCUGGAUACGGAACAAUGGCUGUUGUUGGAGAUUUGAUUCCAAGCGAACAUUUAUUGAGUGAAAAGGUACUGAAUUUUCUGAAAUUUUCAGAUUCAAAGUCAAUUUAAAAAUGUUUGCAGCGUGAUGUUAUGCACGAAGAAGGUGUUUGGGAUUCAGCGAUCAAACGUCAAAAUGCAAAUUUGAUUGUGUGUAUGGCUGAUUGGAUUGUACCAGGACACGGUCAACCAUUCCGAGUUUUGCCAAAUUAUCGACAAAAAGCUGGUUGUACUAGACUUCUUGCACAACGUCAUCUUUUAAAUCAAGUCUAA